UUACAAAAACUUUAUAUAAAUUCUCUUCUAAUAAAGCCAAAAUCACCCUCCUCUCCUCAAAUUCUUUAGCUUUAAACUUUGGGUUCUUUCAGAUUCCAUCUGGGUAUCAAUCAAAGUAUCAAUCUAUAUUCCCUUUUAUUGCUUAGUUCAAGUCUAAGGAUGUGAAAGGCAGCAUCUUUAUGCCAAAAAAAGGUUGUCUGUUUUAUCUUUGUUUUCUUGGUUUUGGGUCAAUUUUUUUAAUAGAUGAAUUUCAGUUGUGGGAGAGGAGCCAUGUCAAUUACUAGCUCAAGUGCUGCUUGGAAACCAGCAGAUGCUGUUGCUGAUCAGUUCCCUGCUGGUUUGCGUGUUCUUGUGGUUGAUGAUGAUCCAACUUGUCUAAUGAUACUGGAAAAGAUGCUAAGAACAUGCCUUUAUGAAGUUACCAAAUGCAAUCGAGCGGAGACUGCGUUGUCGAUACUCCGAGAGAACAAAAAUGGGUUUGAUGUCGUCAUCAGUGAUGUUCACAUGCCGGACAUGGAUGGAUUCAAGCUUCUUGAGCAUAUUGGUUUGGAGAUGGACCUCCCUGUAAUCAUGAUGUCGGCAGACGACGGGAAACAUGUUGUUAUGAAGGGUGUUACGCAUGGUGCUUGUGAUUACCUAAUCAAGCCGGUUCGUAUCGAGGCUCUGAAGAACAUAUGGCAGCACGUCGUUAGGAAGAGGAAGAAUGAAUGGAAGGAGUUUGAGCAAUCAGGAAGUGUAGAAGAAGGGGAUAGGCAGCUGAAACAAUCUGAAGAUGCAGAUUACUCAUCUUCGGCUAAUGAAGGGAACUGGAGAGGCUCGAAAAAGAGAAAAGAUGAUGAAGAGGAAACCGACGAGAGGGAUGAUACUUCCACCCUGAAAAAACCAAGGGUUGUGUGGUCUGUUGAGCUCCAUCAGCAAUUUGUAGCAGCAGUUAAUCAACUAGGCAUUGACAAGGCUGUCCCAAAGAAAAUUUUGGAGAUGAUGAAUGUUCCAGGCCUUACCAGAGAAAAUGUCGCCAGUCACCUUCAGAAAUAUCGCUUGUAUCUAAGACGACUGAGUGGAGUAUCGCAGCACCAGAGUAAUUUGAAUCCUCCUUUUAUCAGCCCCCAAGGUGCAACAUUUGGGCCGCUCUCUUCACUCAAUGGACUUGACCUUCAAGCUCUUGCUGCCACCGGUCAACUUCCUACGCAAAGUCUUGCCAGACUCCAAGCAGCGGGGCUUGGUCGUCCGACUGCUAAAUCCAGCAUACCUAUGACCCUUGUUGAUCAAAGAAACACCUUUAGCUUUGAAAACCCAAAGUUAAGAUUCGGAGGACAACAACAACAACAUAUGAAUAAUAAGCAGCAAAUAAAUUUACUUCAUGGAAUUCCUACAAAUAUGGAGCCGAAGCAGCUUGACAACUUGCAGCACAGUGGACAAUCAAUCGGAAACAUGAAUAUGCAAGUUGCUUCCCAUGGGGCGCAAAAUAACCAAAAUAAUUCUUUAUUGAUGCAGAUGGGGCAGCCGCAGUCAAGAGGGCAGGUACUCGGUGAUACGACCGUUAGUCAGUCUCCCGGGCAUCCGUCAUCCAUGGGACAGCCUAUAUUGUCUAAUGGAAUGGCUGCUAAUUUUGCUUCAAGAAAUGGAAUUCCUGAAAAUAUUGGGGGCCCUAGUUACAAUACGGUUUCACAGGCCUCUUCGACGUUGAAUUUACCAUUGAAUUUCCCAAUGAAUCACGCUUCAGAACUACCUGGUAAUAGUUUCCCGCUCGAAAGCACCCCUGGGAUUUCUAGUUUUUCAUCAAAAGGGGUUUUUCAAGAUGUUAGCUCGGAAAUUAAAGGAUCCGUCGGAUUCAUGCUCGGUUACGAUAUAUUUAAUGAUUUGAAUCAACAUAAAACCCAAAGUUGGGAGCUACAGAAUGUUGGCAUGACAUUCGAUGCCCCUCAACAUUCAAGCUCUCUUCAAGACGACCUUCACAUUAUGCAAUCUGUUUCAGUUCAACAAGGAUCUACCGUCCAAAUGAACGGACAUAACAGGAGUGCAGCCAUUGCAAGCAAGGCAAUGUUCUCUGCCGGAGAUAUUAAGGAGCAUGGGAAUGCACAAAACGUUAACCAACAUCUCAACAACCUUGUUGACAAUGCAAGAAGGGUCAAAUCCGAGAGAAUUUACGAUACCAGUCCCGCCAAUCUAUUCCCUGAUCAUUUCGGACAGGAAGAUCUCAUGAGUGCUCUUCUCAAACAGCAAGACGGCAUUGGACCGACUGAAAACGAAUUUGAUUUCGACGGGUGAAAGACCCCUUCAGCAGGAACUCGAGUUAGUUGUUUCUUUCGAAGAAAUCAAGGUUUGCUCAGUUUCUGUCGGGUUUGUUUUGAACCUACCAGAAUCGGAUGAUUGGUGAAGUGGGUAAAAAUACUGGGUGCAUGAAAUGCAAAGGUGUUCAUGCGAAAUUUUGAUUGUUUUGGUGUAGCGAAAUCUGGGAAGAUGGACUAAUUUUGUUCAGCAAUUGGAGCCACUGUUCCUUCAUCAGCAGCGCUGGGGGGACUUUAAUAACGGAUUAAGUUUGCUCCUUUUUGUUCGUAUUAUUGUUAACGAUAUGAUCUUUCUGAUGUAUAUUAUAUACAGAUUCAGGAUGGAUAAAUAAUUGAUUUCAACGACACUACAAUUUAUUUUCAA